AUGUUAAAGAUCAAUAUGCCUUUCUUUGAAGCACUCGAGCAAAGUCUCAUGUACCAAAAAUUCAUGAAAGAGGUAAUCUCUAAAGAGAGACCAACAGGAGAUGGGCCGAUAACCUUUAAUGAAAAAUGUAGUGCAAUAGCACCAGGUAGGAGAAUCUCAAUCAAGCAUAAGGAUCUUGGAUCUGUCACAGUCCCAUGGCCUAUAAAAGAUAGAACUUUCAAGAAGGUACUUAUUGAUUCAGGAUCUAGCGUGAGUUUGAUGCCAUUGUCAAUCUAUCAACGACUUGGUAUUAGAAAAGUAAGUGAUACAUGGACAAAUCUAAAAUUUGCAGAUCACUCCACAAAGAAUGCAUAUGGGAUAAAUAAAGACGUAUUGGUGACAAUAGAGGAAUUUAGUUUUCCUGUUAAUUUUGUGAUCAUGGAUAUACCCGAGGAUGAAGAGACACCUAUCAAUCUUGGUCGACCAUUCUUGCAGACAAGCCGAUGA